AUGAGUACAUUCAAAUCAGCUCAAUUUCUUAUUAGUAUUCUUAUUAUAUUUUCAUUUCUAUAUUGUAUUCCUUUUUUGAUAUUUCAUGAAACUCGUCAAUAUUCGGAUUGUGCAACAUUCCAUCGAAUAUUCAAUUAUUUUUAUUCAUUUGCUCAUUACUUUAUGUUACUUGGUAUCUUACCAAUCUUUAUUUCAUCAUUAUUUAGUGUACUUGCUUAUCGAAAUGUACGUCGUAUAAUUAGACGUCAAAUGGCAAUAGUUCGUCGACGUCUUGAUCGUCAAUUAACUGCAAUGAUUCUCCUACGUGUUGCUUUGUUUGUGAUUACAAAUUUACCUUAUACUAGUUAUGAAAUAUAUGAACUCAAUAAUUCGGUUGUUCACGAUCAUACAUAUAGUGUACUAAUUAAUGAAUUAAUCGAAAUUAUUUCAAUUACAAUCCUCAAAAUUAAUUAUUCGGUAUUUUGA